AUGGGACAGUCUGUUGCCAACAUCCUGGGAGUCAUCCUAGGGGCAGGGAUUUGCUGGAAGAUCAGAUCCUUGAAAGGUUAUGCUCUAACCAUUUUUAUCAGCUUCGGGUUGUGCAGUCUCAUCGCCCCCAUCUACUUCGCUCUGGGAUGUGAUAACCAGGGCUUAUACGGCUACGAUGGCAAAUACGGCGUACCCUUGCCAAACGUGACCGAUGAAUGUCACUGCAGUCCAGCGUAUGCUCUUCCCACGUGUGGAGACGACAUGCGCAGUUACUACUCCCCGUGCUUCGCUGGGUGCCAUGCAGGAGAUGGUUUUAACUUUGAAAACUGCACUCACUUAUCGAGUCCGGACCAUGGGUUGGGCGCCAGGUCUAUGAUGUGUGACGCAGGCUGCUUCAAUGAAUACAUUGGUUACGCCGUCGUCCUGUCCUUGCUGACGCUGGUCAGUCAGGUGGCUGUAGUUCCUAGAGCUCUACUGAUUCAUCAGGUACUCAUGAAUACACAACUGUUCAUUCUUGAAUGA